GUGGCGGCAGCUUCGGAGGCAGAGCGGCGGAGCUGCGAGCCCGUCGGCCAGCCAGUGGGAGGUCGAACAGACUAAGGGCAUAGCCGACAGACAGACGGAGAGCCGCCAGACGGCCCGAGUCGCCUCAAGUUCCGCCAUGAGCUGGGGCACAGAGCUGUGGGAUCAGUUCGACAGCUUAGACAAGCAUACACAAUGGGGAAUUGACUUCCUGGAAAGAUAUGCCAAAUUUGUUAAAGAGAGGAUAGAAAUUGAACAGAACUACGCGAAACAGUUGAGAAAUCUGGUUAAGAAGUACUGUCCCAAACGUUCCUCCAAAGAUGAAGAACCAAGGUUUACCUCGUGUAUAGCCUUUUUUAACAUCCUUAACGAGUUAAAUGACUAUGCAGGACAGCGAGAAGUAGUAGCAGAAGAAAUGGCGCACAGAGUUUAUGGUGAAUUAAUGAGAUAUGCUCAUGAUCUGAAAACUGAAAGAAAAAUGCAUCUUCAAGAGGGACGGAAAGCUCAACAGUACCUUGACAUGUGCUGGAAACAGAUGGAUAAUAGUAAAAAGAAAUUUGAAAGAGAAUGUAGAGAGGCGGAAAAGGCACAACAGAGUUACGAAAGAUUGGAUAAUGAUACUAAUGCAACCAAGGCAGAUGUUGAAAAGGCUAAACAGCAGUUGAAUCUGCGUACACAUAUGGCUGAUGAAAAUAAAAAUGAAUAUGCGGCACAGUUACAGAACUUUAAUGGAGAACAACACAAACAUUUCUACGUAGUGAUUCCUCAGAUUUACAAGCAACUACAAGAAAUGGAUGAACGAAGGACUAUUAAACUCAGUGAGUGUUACAGAGGAUUUGCAGACUCAGAACGCAAAGUUAUUCCUAUCAUUUCAAAAUGUUUGGAAGGAAUGAUUCUCGCCGCAAAAUCAGUUGAUGAAAGAAGAGACUCUCAAAUGGUAGUAGACUCCUUCAAGUCUGGAUUUGAACCUCCAGGAGACUUUCCAUUUGAAGAUUACAGUCAGCAUAUUUAUAGAACCAUUUCUGAUGGGACUAUCAGUGCAUCCAAACAAGAAAGUGGGAAGAUGGAUGCCAAAACCACAGUAGGAAAGGCCAAGGGCAAGUUGUGGCUCUUUGGAAAGAAGCCAAAGGGCCCAGCACUAGAAGAUUUCAGUCAUCUGCCACCAGAACAGAGACGUAAAAAGCUGCAGCAGCGUAUCGAUGAACUUAACCGAGAACUACAAAAAGAAUCAGACCAAAAAGAAGCACUCAACAAAAUGAAAGAUGUGUAUGAGAAAAAUCCACAAAUGGGGGAUCCAGGGAGUUUGCAGCCUAAAUUAGCAGAGACCAUGAAUAACAUUGACCGCCUACGAAUGGAAAUCCAUAAGAAUGAGGCUUGGCUCUCUGAAGUUGAAGGCAAAACAGGUGGGAGAGGAGACAGAAGACAUAGCAGUGACAUAAAUCAUCUUGUAACACAGGGACGAGAAAGUCCCGAGGGAAGUUACACUGAUGAUGCAAACCAAGAAGUCCGUGGACCAACUCAACAACAUGGUCACCACAAUGAGUUUGAUGAUGAAUUUGAGGAUGACGAUCCUUUGCCUGCUAUUGGACACUGCAAAGCUAUCUACCCUUUUGAUGGACAUAAUGAAGGUACCCUGGCAAUGAAAGAAGGUGAAGUUCUAUACAUAAUUGAGGAAGACAAAGGUGAUGGAUGGACAAGAGCUCGGAGACAGAAUGGUGAAGAAGGCUACGUUCCCACAUCAUACAUAGAUGUAACUCUAGAGAAAAACAGUAAAGGUGCAGUAACUUACAUCUAAACUAACCAGGCAGUUUUGUGAUGUGUAUGACAUAGGAACGAUAACAUAAAACAAAAACACAUUCAAUAGGUGGGAAAACGAGAAAACUUAAAGGCAUCCAAGAUACAUUGUUCACUAUGUGAGCUGAGUGUAGGCUCGAUCUUAAAGAUGUGAAUAUUAUUACCACAAGAAACUGUUCUCAUGAUGUUUUACCAUUUGAGUGACGUUGGUGUGAAGCUUUAUUGAUGUAAAGCUUUAUUGGUGUAAAGCCUUUUGCUUUAUGUCCUGCUUAAGUCUCUGUGGAAGAUUUGUGUUUUUCUGCCUUAUAAAUCAUAGAAUUUGAUCUGUUGGGCAGGAAUCCAGAUAUAGGAAGCCCUCCUCCCCCAACAUACACUUUGCUUCAGAAAACACAGUGACUGUAAGUGAAUUCAAAUAAGUAAAACUGCUCUGAAAGCUAACUCCCAAAAGAGUGGUUUGGCCUAGGAUUUUGAAUUUUUGUAGCUGCAGUUUCCAGGAAGAAAAGUAAUAGUCGGCUAAUUGAAAAAAUCAAUACAGUCAUUUUCGUUUUUCUCCCUAUCCUUAGCUUUAGUUUCUUAAAGGAAGAAAACAAACACCUUGAACGUAAAUCUAUUUUAGUUGUAGGCUAAUCAAGAGACCUAUAAAAGAAAUCAACCUGGUCUCGGUCUUAUGUGAAUAAAAUGGAGUUUUUUUGAGACCUGAAAAUAUUUUCAUCUAGUAUACUAAUAAUUUUCAAUAAUGUACAGUCUUCCUUCCAGAUUAACACUUAGUUUUUCAUCUUGAAAAAUGUCUUUUGGGAAAUACCACUUUUGUGAUGAUUUAGCAAUUAUACAUAGGAAAAUAGAUUCUAAAUAAACUGAGAGAAAAUCUUGAAUGGAAGGAAAAGUACUGGCAAAUUUUUACUUUGAAAAGAAAAACCUUUUUUGACUAACUGGGUUGUAGCACUUUAUCUGUACCACUGUUUAGGUAGGACAUUUCCUCAUUUUAGCUCAAUCAUCAAUUCAAGAGUAUUUUUUCCAAUUAAUUUUAACAAGCAUUUGUUGGAAAAUGCUGUAUAAUUAAGGAUUGUGCAGUGCUGGUCAUGUGGGGAAGUAAAGCAAAGAAGCAAUUAAAAGACUGGUCUUUAAUUUUGCUCAUGUCCAGAUUUUUCUGGUGUUUUCACAUAGCUGACUAUUAAAAUGAUUUUAGACAUUUGGGACAGACACUUUAAACUGAAUACCCCUUUUGGUCUUACCAAAGGUCUUCAGUAAUUGUUCUUUUUUUUUUUCCUCCUGGACUACAGGUUCCUGAAGAGGGUUUCUGAGGAAAUGGGCAAGAUGUUGAAGGAGGUUACAUGCAGCUGCUUUUAGGGGGAGGGUAUUAAGUUGUCAGGCUCAGAAAGUGAGAGAAGCAAGUUGCAUGAAUGCAUGCAGACAUUUUUUUUUUUUUACUAACUUCAUUAUCAUUUCCAUACAUUGUUUUAAAGAAUCAUUGUUAAUACCAGUCUUUAAAUUCCUCAUUCACAGUUAUUCACAUAAAGGGAAAAAAGCCCAAAAUGGCCAACUUUUUUUCCAUUUCUUUUACUGAUAUUUAAAUCAGAAAAAACGUAGAGCUGUCAUGAAAUUUGUCUUACAUUUGGCUGCCCCAAGAGGACCGUAUGUCCCAGCUCUGUUUUAAUUGGCCUUUAGACCCAUUGUCUUUUAGACCCCUUGCCAUUUGUCAGUGUCUGCCUGCGCCACCUCUGUGCUUGCUUAACAUCCUGUUGCAUGUCUAGAGCAAUUGGGCUAGAGUUUUCAGGCAUGUCUUUAUAAUCCCUUGUUCUUGUCAAAGUCUUUGUUUUGUUUUACAUUUGUAGUGCAAGUCACUUUGUCAGACAUCUCCAGCACUAAUGUUUCCAUCCUAGUAUUCGUGUACCCUGCUAUAACUUCCCAACUGCAAACAUUCCAGUUUUGGCAUUAUGAAGAAGUAGUUUGUGAACCUGAAGUAUUUAUGAUAAGAAAAAGAAAACAUCUCUGCUCUAGCCUACAGCCCAGUUGAAAGAACUCUGAAACGUAAUACAUCUUCACCUCAGUCUGAGAAGAAUCUAUAGUCAGCACUGAGAUCCUGGCAUAAUAAACACAAGAUACUCACCACCUCAAGACAAAGGACUGUUGUCAGAAGUCAGCUGCUUCCAUUCAAAUGCUGCCUUAAACUAGAGUGCCUAAAUCUGUUGAUUGCCAACACUACCACUACAGUAUCCCACAAAGGGCUUUAUGUGUCAGCUCAGUGCGACCUCCUUUAACUCGGCAGCGCCGCUGCGGAUGCCGACCUAGCCUUGGUAGGUGGCUUUUAGAGCUCUACCAUGUUUGAUGGUGCAUCUUCAAAUUUGUGCAUCAAGCUAAAGACAUGUCCAAGUUCAUUUUACUUUACUCAGUGUUUUUAUGAGAAGUUUUAUGGGCCCCCCCAUUGUGUUUUAAUUUGGGGUGACCAUGUUCUUAUUUGAUUAUUACAACGAUAGUCUGUCUCCAAGUGAUGCUUUUGUUGAACCAGAUAAAAUUUAGUGAAACUUUGUAAUGAUCUAUGUGCACUUUUACUUGUAAAAUGAAAAUUUCUGUAUGUUUAUACUUGUAAAUAUAAUUGUCCUUAGUGCCCCUGUUGCUCAUGUUGUCCUGCCUCACAUUUGUGAUUCUGUUAAUGACUUGUAUCUUAACGAAUUUCUUAGUGGUGUUUAAUAGGGAGAUGGGCAUGGGUUGGGGGAAUGGUAUUUGUACCACAGAAGCUUCAUUAAUUUUGUUUGUUACUGUUUUGAGGGAAGAAAGAACGUGAAAUGGUCUGUGUAUUAUUGGAUUUUAAGCAAUAUUUUAGAAGCUGUGUGACUGCUUUAAUAAUUUUUUCCCCCAGUGUUAUUUGAAUCAUACUACCAGUUAUACUAAAGCUGAAUGACAAUUGUGUGAAAGUUAAUGCCUUCAUAAGAUCAAGUACACCCCUGUUACACAGCUGACAUAUAGUGUAUUACCUUUGAGGCUAGUAAACUAUAUAGCUUAGACUUUGAAUCUCUUUACAGGGUUAUUUAUAUAAUGUGACAUUAUUCAGUACUGACAGACUACAUAAAGUAGUUUUAAAAUCUAGUGCUAUUUUUAUUUUAAAGGUUAGCAGUGAGGAGGAAAUGUGAUCUGGCUGUGUUUGUCCUCUGUACAAAGCCUGAAGUGCUUGUGUUUUUUUGGCUGACAGCCACAGAGGGCAAAGUUUAAGGCUUUCUUGUAAGGACUAACUGUUCUUUUCAAGCUACUGUUUGUUUUUCUCAAAGCAGGAUUUGCUUCCGUAGGAGGCAAGGUCCUUCACGUGGAAUAGUGCAACCUAUACAUGGGUUAUUACAAUAGGACAGACAUUUGUAUUUAUACAGUUUAAAUCAUUCUUAAAUCAUUCUUAAAUUUUGAACAUGUGAAUUGUCCAAAAGAAAUCUUUAAUUUUUCAGUAAUUUUUACUCUUUUUGUGCACAUGUUGAUUUAAUGGUAAAUGCUUUGUUUAAAAUCGUGUUCUCUGUUGAGAAUAUUUUCACAGAAUAAAACAAUCUUUUCAUGGUCA